CGUCUUUAUAAACUCGUCUGUUUCCUCCGUCGACACUGAGAUCGUCUCUGAGCUGAACGAUGAACACGAUGAACAGAACUGUGCUGCUGCUGGUGGCGCUGACGCUGUGCUGCUGCCUGGCCGGCCUCGACGCCGUUGCCCUUCAUCGCUGCCGUUGCCUCCGGACGGUUUCUCAUCGUGUCCCUGCUCGAGUGGUGAAGAAGAUCGAGGUGACUCCGGCUUCAGGUCACUGCCGCCGCACCGAGAUCCUAAUCCUGAAGAAGAGCGGCUCCACGGUUUGUGUCGACCCGGACGCCAAGUGGUUCCCAGAACUCCUGAACGCUCUGCAAAAGACGGGCUGCGCCAAGAACGGGGCUAAGUCCUGUGUUCACCGUCGCUUAUUACGAUAAUGGAAAAACGCGACUUUCAACUCCACCGCUUCACCACCGACUUCCUCCGCAACCGACUUCUGAUUUUUUUGUUUUAGUUCUGGUCGAGUUGAUCGAAGCUGUGAAUUAACAGAAGGAAGCUGAGCCACUCUGAAGUCCUACAAAUGCUUUUGUUUUUGGUGCGAUUUGACAUCUUUUAGUUUAGUUUCUUCAUUUAACCAACUGUUGUAAUGUUUUAAAUGAUAAUAACGGUGUACAAACUUGGUCUUGGUGCAGCAUUUUAAGCCUGAACUACUGAAAUUAGCUAAUAUUUGUUGUUAGGAACUCUGAAAUUAAACAGUUUGAAUGUUAAAAAUUAAAUGAAUGUGUUGUGUAAGUAAAAAGAUGUAUUUUUGGUAAAGACUUAAUAGAAUUUAUUCAGCAUGUUGAUGACAUUUUUGAAGGUGCUGUAAUGUCUAACAUGCAUCUGUAUGUUUUUUUCUAAAUAAAGAAAUAAAUGACAGACAACAAGACUCUUCAAAAAAUGACAUUUUAUUGCCUACAGGGGUUUGGGGAGAGUCGGGCCGAGUGUGGACAGAUGAGACAAGUGCUGCUGAGCAUGUUUGGUUUCAACUGAGGCGCAACUGCUCACGUACGAAAUACAGAUUCGGCUUUUUGUAGAAGUCCUCGUGGAAAUGUUGUUUUUCCACAUCACUGCUUUUUUGUGCAAAGAAUAAGCCAAACAAGUAGCUUUACAAGGCCUCCAGGCUCCUAAGUUCUUAACCUAAAUCACCUUUUUAGAUU